CACACACACACUCUCUCUCUCACACACACACACACUCACUUCCUCCCCUCCUCUCUCCCUCUCCGGUGUCUCGGCGGAUAGAAAGAAGAAGCCCGAGCAGUUUCGCCGCUCAGCUGAAGCGAUGGAGCCUGGGCGGCACAGGCAGCGCUGUUUUUAAACACGGAUCUUCCAGCGACGCCUUGACCCAACCGGGGAACACUUGGGAAGAUUCUUUCCUGACGAUUCCAGCAUCCCCACAAAAGGGUCCACAUCCGUCCAGCUGAGGGGACAUCAGACAUGCUCUGGUCCAACGAGGACUUCCAAGCGACAGAUUACCUGACAGGUCAUGCCUCCACCUGGAAGCGAGUGAUGCAAAGAAGACAGUCGGACUAAAAGGAUGUUUGGUGCCAAGACCAAAAGCACAAACCCAGCAGAGACGAUGCCACGAGUUCACCAUCUGCAAAUCUAAAUGAAUUCAUCCAUGACGAGGCGGCGGCUGAACGUACUCCUACUGCUCUCGAACUGAAACCACAGCGCUGUCGCCUCCGAUCUUCUUCGGACAUGACUCGCAGGGAAACACCGGUUGCCUGCAGGUGGGGGCCGGCGACGAGCGCCCUGCUUUGGUCUGCGACCAUUGUUUUUUUGAGCCGUGUUGGCCAGGUCAGCGCGGACUGCUGGCUAAUCGAGGGCGAAAAGGGCUUUGUGUGGCUUGCCAUCUGCAGCCAAAACCAACCGCCUUAUGAGGCCAUCCCGCAGCACAUCAACAGCACCAUUGUGGACCUUCGCCUGAAUGAGAACAAAAUUAAAAGUAUUCACUACUUAGCUCUCAGUCGCUUUGCCAACUUGACUUACCUGAACCUGACUAAGAAUGAGAUAUCCUACGUGGAGGACGGGGCAUUCUCCGGACAGUUUAACUUACAAGUUCUUCAAAUGGGCUUCAACAAGUUACGGAACCUGACAGAGGGGAUCCUUAGAGGUCUCGGAAAGCUACAGUACCUCUACCUCCAGGCUAACCUGAUCGAGACUGUGACACCCAAUGCCUUUUGGGAAUGCCCCAACAUUGAGAACAUCGACCUGUCCAUGAACCGCAUCCAGCAGCUGGACGGCUCCACGUUCACCAGUCUGACUAAGCUGAGCACUUGCGAGCUCUACACUAACCCUUUCAACUGCUCCUGUGAGUUACUUGGCUUCGUCAAGUGGCUUUCUGUGUUCCCUAACAGAACCAACGAGCGGAUGGUCUGUGACUCCCCGAGUGGCGUUUCUGGUUACAGUCUGCUAAGCCAGAACCCAAACAACCCCACGUAUCGAAAUGCUCUUCACAUGCUCACCACCGUGUGCACAGACGACUACAUCACGCCCUUUUUCCCCCUGCCCCUCGAGCCCUCAACACCCCCACCAGACUUUACCCUCUGUGGGUUAGAGGACUGUCCAUCGGGGACAGAACCAGAAGACAUCAUUCCGAGCAACAUCACUGCAAUCAACAAUGAAGUGGAAGCAAACCCUCUGAUGAAACUGAAGCAGGUGUCGAACACAGGCGCCACCAUCACGGUCCAGAUUCCCAAUCCUUUCAAAAAGAUGUACAUCCUGGUUCAGUACAACAACAGUUUUUUUAUGGACAUCCAACCCUUAAAAGAAAAAAAGGAGGACAUUGACCUGAAGGACCUCAAACCCCACACAAACUACACAUACUGUGUUGCUUCCAUUCGUAACUCACUGAAACACAACCACACUUGCCUGACAAUCACCACCGGUCCCUGGAAGGGCAAGUCGAGGGACUCCAACAACGCGACGGCCACUCAUUACAUCAUGACCAUCCUGGGAUGCCUCUUCAGUAUGGUCAUCUUCCUCGGGGUAGUUUACUACUGCUUGCGACGGAAACGCCAGCAAGACGAAAAGCACAAAAAAGCAGGGACGAUGAAAAAGAACAUAAUGGAGCUUAAGUAUGGACAAGAACUGGAAGGGGGCCCUAUUUCCCGCAUGUCCCAGAAGCAGCUGCUGUCUGGAGAGAGCAUGGCACCACGUAUGCCCUACCUACCCUCUGCAGGCGAAAUGGAGCAGUACAAAUUUCAAGAAAUAAACGAAACUCCCAAAAUGAUGAAGGGAAGUUACAUGGAGGUGAGAAGCCUGGACCACCAUGAACGCAGGGAGUGUGACAUGGGGAUGCCCGGAAACAGCCAGGGCUCCGUCGCAGAGAUUUCUACCAUCGCAAAGGAGGUGGACAAAGUCAACCAGAUCAUUAACAACUGCAUUGACGCUCUGAAGUCGGACUCCACUUCUUAUCAAGGGGUAAGAUCCGGAGCAGUGUCCAAUGCGGAGCCCCAGCUGGUGCUCAUAUCAGAGCAGCCACAGAACAAAUCCGGCCUCCUGUCCCCUCCGUAUCAGGACAGCUACCACCAUUCCUUGCAGAGACACCGCUCCUCGGACGCCUCGCCAAAAAGGCCCAGCACUGCCUCAGGAAUGCGAAGCCCCAGGCCUUACCGCACGGAAUCCAGGUACAUCGAGAAAACCUCCCCGACGGGGGAGACCAUCCUCACGGUAACGCCCGCCGCCGCCAUCCUGAGGGCCGAGGCGGAGAAGAUCCGUCAGUACGGCGACCACCGCCACUCCUAUCCCGACGUUCAGAUCGAAGAGCUGGAAGGACCCGACGGCAUCAAGUCGCCAAUGCUGGAGUCUCUACCCCACUCCCGCUCCAGAGACUUGGCGUACUCCCAGCUGCCACCGCAGUACCACAACCUAAGCUACUCGUCCAGCCCCGAGUACUACUGCAAACCCUCGCACAGCAUUUGGGAGCGCUUCAAGCUGCACCGCAAACGGCACAAGGACGACGAGUACAUGGCGGCGGGCCACGCCCUCCGCAAGAAGGUGCAGUUUGCCAAAGAUGAGGACCUGCAUGAUAUUUUAGACUACUGGAAAGGUGUGUCGGCCCAGAAUAAAUCAUAACCUCCUUAGGUUCUUUUUAAACGUGGACCUCGCAGGUACGACACCAGGACCUCAUCAGACUAUCAAUGGAUUCUUCCACGCUCCAAAUCACACACGUUCUCUUUUGACUGAAGGGGUGGGGGGAAUAUUUCACAUCAGUCAUAUUAUGUAAAGAAUCUACUCCAGAGAACACAUACUGCUAAUUAUUAAAAAUAAUUAUAUAUAUAUAUAUAUAUAUAUGUUACAAUGGGUUGUAGGUUUUUGGGUACCGCAUGGCCAAGUCCUGUGAAAGUGGAUUUGCUGUUGUGUAAUAUGAAAAGUACUCUAUGAAACUAUGUUUACUGAAAGCUCAAUUUUUUUUUCUUCUCGACUCUUUUUAAUAUUAAAAAAAAUAAAUAAAAUAAAACCCUUGAAUAUGAUUAGUUUAUC